AUGAAUGGUCCAGAAUUCGGUAACUCGGGAGUAUUCGUAAUGUUUUGUAGCCAUUGUGGCAUUGGGGAUGCUCAAGAGAGUAUCUGCGAUAAUUGUGUGGCAGAAAAAGAUGUAAACGAAGUGAUAAAGCGCUAUUUUCAUUGUGGCUAUCCUUAUGACGCUAUUGUGGGUCUUCUCAAAAAACGAGAAGGACUUCAAAUGUGCGUGCGAACACUGAAGAGACGUCUGAGAUGUCUCGGGUUAAAAAGGAAGGGCAAUGCAAAGAUAAUGGACGAUUCAGAGAUAAGAAAUGUCAUUCGUGAAGAAAUGGAAGGCCCCGGAAGUUUAUCAGCUUACAGAAGUAUUUGGCACGCCCUGCGAUUACGGCACCAUGUUCAUGUUCCACGUAAUUUGGUCGCAAAAAUAAUGAAGGAAAUUGAUCUUGAUGGGGUAGAGGAGAGGAGAUCUCGAAGGUUAAAGAGAAGAACGUUCAGCUCAAAAGGAGCCAAUGCAUCGUGGCAUUUUGACGGAUAUGACAAACUCAAACCUUAUGGUUUCCCUAUUCAUGGUGCAGUGGAUGGCUUCAGUAGAAGAAUUUUAUGGUUAGAAGUAACCCGGUCUAACAAUGACCCUAAAGUGGUUGCAGCCUUCUACUUAAAACAAGUAAAGGAACUAGGUGGUUACCCUUUGCUACUGGUGACUGAUUGUGGCUCAGAAAACGGUAUUGCAGCUUCUAUUCAGUGCAUGUUUCGUACCAUUAUGAUCAAGAUGAACUGCCAGCUUCUUCAGGAUGACUUGGACAAAGUGAAGAUCAUUGGAAUAGUCAAAAGAUUUCCAAGUCUCCAUAUAGUUCUGUUCAUGGGGUACCAGAUGUUAUGUACUUCCUACCAGAAUAUCAUAGACAUGAAGAAUGUCUAG